AGCACAGCCCUCUAGAGCGGUUUGGGUUCUCCCUGUUCUUUUUUCCACCCGCAAAGGCACUGGAAAUACAGAGUCACUGCACAAGGCCUGGCGCGGACACCAAGGUCCUGCCCGGCGGGGCGGGCACCGCCGCCCGCCCGCAGGGGGCGCGCCGAGAGCCCGGGACCGCGCACCGGCAGCCCCCACUCAGGUUCUCGGCGCAUGCACGGCCUGGAGCUGCGCUCCAAGAAGAUGGCGGCGUCCGCGCUGUGGUGGGCGCUGCGGGCCGCUCGGCAGGUUCUCCCCUCGCCCCGCACAAGCCAAGUGCGGAGCUACUACGUGGACUGGAGGAUGCUGCGGGACGUCAAGAGGAGGAAGCUGGCGUACGAGUACGCGGACCAGAGGCUGCGGAUCAACGCCAUCCGGAAGAACACCAUCCUCCCCAAGGAGCUGCAGGAAGUGGCUGAUAAAGAGAUCGCUGACUUGCCCCGGGACAGCUGCCCUGUGAGGAUCCGGAAUAGAUGUGUCCUGACAUCCCGCCCUCGGGGGGUGAGGCGGCGCUGGAGGCUCAGCAGAAUUGUUUUCCGCCAUUUUGCUGACCAUGGUGAGAUGUCUGGGAUACAGAGGGCCAUGUGGUAGAUCACCACGUGGAUAUACACUCAGGCUGAAAACACAAAACAAGCUCAGUUUGUGUUUUGAGUAAUUAAAGCAAGACUGUCCUGUCCAGGAGUCCAGCAUCAAUAUCAAACUGAUAAAGGCAGGAUGAGAAGCCAUGCUGAUGCAUUAAAUUCACUGGAUUGCAGUUGCUAUCAGUUGACAAGAAACAGCAUAACCACAUCAAACUUGUCUGUAUGAGGCAGUUUUAUUUUAAGGAAAAAAAAAAAUCACUACCAGAGGGCUGCAGAACUAAGCUGAGGUUUGUGAUAAGGGCAACAUUAGAAAUAAAGACAUAGAGCACAAGGCUUGUUUAAGCAGUUUUUUUGCCACUGUAGGGUAAGUUCACCAUGGUAAUUUGGGUAAAAGUGUAAAUGAAAUUGCACAUUAGGGCAAAGUGCUAUUCUGAACAAGGGUGAGCACAAACUGAAAACAAAACAUGGCCUCAAGUUAGGUACUCUUGCUAUGCUAAAAUAUAUGUAUAUUAACAAGCAGACAAAGUGGGUAAUGGACCCAUUGGAAAACUACAACAUGCUAGUAUUUAUCUCCUGCUUGUAGUGCACCAUUUAGUCCAGUGCUUUAAGAAAAAGGUAGCAAGUCCUAGUCCAGACAACAAUAGGAGAGUAAUGGCUUCCUUCAUUCAUAAGGUGACAUCGAACAAAUCUGUCCUUGGGAGACACAUGAGAAGGACACAGGAAGGAAACAAGAACAAGCUUGCUGCUAAGCUCAUGUUUGCCCUGUACUCUUCUUCAAAGCAGGGCAGUGAAGGGGAAAUAGCUACUCUGUCCCCCUCCUAGCACUGGGGCUGAGAGGCUGCAAUGAACAGGCCAAGUACAAUGGUACCACAGAUGGAAGGCACACAUGCAGCAAACUGACAGCAACUCAUCAGCCCCAGUGGAGUCAGAUUUUGGAGUAUAAGCUAUCUCAAUACUCCAUUACCUUAAAUACUUGAAAUUUGAUAGGACAACACGGAGCUUGUCUCUCUUGUCCUCAUACACCACUAGAGCCAGGGCAAGCUCAGUGUCCAGCAUCAGCAGCUUACUGCCCUCCUGUGACUGAUGCCACCUCAAAGACCCCGCAAGGUCACAGUUAACAUAGGCACUGAAGAGCUGUUCUCACUUUAAAAGUUCACAAGAGGUUAAACAGCAGUCAUUAAUUUCUGAGAGUAAUCAUUAAAUUUUAAUAUCACAGGAUUUAACACCUUAUUGUUUCUGCUUAACUGUCAAGUGUUUGAGAUAGUGGUUCUACUUGCUUCAGCAUUUCUCCCUUUGUGACAUGCUUUAUAGUUCAAUAUACAGCCCACAUCUCAUAAAAAAAAAUCCACACCCCCAUUAGUGAGCAUGACAUUGGCCUCAGCAACCAGGUGGGUACUCGAAUCAGCUGUCACUUGAAUCAGAGAGGCCUCGACUCAUCCUAGUUUAGUAUUCAUUUUCUUUUACACUGUUCUCAAUUUCACCACUCUCCACUCAUUUGAGAGGCUUUUUCAAGGAGGGGUAAGGAUAUACCUAUGCUCCACUCUUCAGGAAAUGGUAAACCACUUGACUGAAGGAAAUGCUUUAUAAGCUAUUUUAUUUAAGUAUUUUCUCCAACCUGAAAUGGAAAAUGACUGUCUUUGCUUGGAAGAAGGUUGUAUAAACAAUGAUCUUUGCAGCACAGCAUGUCUCACAUGGAAGAUCAGUGAUUAAGGCGGCCCUUAGAGUACUUUCAAAUAUCCAUUGGCAUGUCUCCUUUGGAUUGUUUUUCUCUGCUUUCAACCCAGGCCUUGUUGAUGGUGCGCUUCAUUUCAUCAUCCCCUUCUGCAUACAUCUUUUUUAAAAGGUUCAUAAGCCCUUCACUAGGGUCUGAGGUGUCAUAGGCAGCCUUCCUGCAAGACGAAUACAUGAGAAGAUCACAUACAUCUAACAAUUCUGUGCAAAAAAUUAAACACUAGUAUUUGUUUGAAACAUGCUGGUAACAGCAAGGAUUUUCCUUUAGCAAACUCUUUAGACCCUGACAGUUUCAGUCAGCUUCCAAGUAGGGAGAAUCCUAAAGAGUACCAUUAAAUUAUGUGCAAGUUGAGUAGUAUAUCUGGAGUUGUCCCACUAAGGAUGAUGGGAAGCAUUUUGCAGUAAACAUGACCCUGGAAGCACCACCCUAAAUUAAUUUUAGGAAGUAGGAGUGGAAUGCAACA